AUGUGGUCGCAGGAGGAAGAAGAGCUGAAGGAGAAGGAGGAGCUGCAGGAGGUUUCCAGGAGCGCCAGGUUGGCAGAUGGUGGCAGGAUGUUGUGGUUGCUGUUCUGCCUGCUACCUCUGGGGGGCGGCAGCAGCAUCAGCGCCCCGGAGGUCAAUCAUAAAGGAAGACACGACCGCGAAGUGGUGUCCGCCGUGAACACGACGCCUCACAUCUAUUACUGCCGCUCCCCCAACAUGGAGGACUUCACUUGCUGGUGGCACCCGCUCAACAACCUGACCAGCGGCGGCGAGAUCACCUACGUCCUCACCUACACCAAAGAGUGUGGACCCAAACACGAGUGUCCGGACUAUGCUUCUGCUGGCCCCAACAGCUGCCACUUUGACAGCAGCCAUACGUCCAUCUGGAAGAUCUACUGCAUGAAUGUGACGGCCAUCACCACCCGCAGGAACUACACCUCCCAGGAGCACUGCCUGGACGUGGCCGAGAUCGUGGAGACGGAGGCGCCGGUCAACCUGACCUACGUGCUGACAGACGCCGGCGGUGAUGAGAUGGGCCACAGCGUGCAGCUGUCCUGGACGUACCCGGUGCCCGAGGACCUGCGGUACGGCUGGAUCACUCUGGUGUAUGAGCUGCAGUACAGACGGGUCACCGAGCCCGAAAACUGGAAGCUAAAACAUCCUCUGCGUGAGCCUCACGUCGAGCUGCUCGGCCUUCGGGUCGGGGAAUACGCAGUCCGAGUUCGGUGCCGGUCCCACAACUCGGACCUGUGGAGCAAAUGGAGCUCCACGCUGCUGCUGAGCAUCCCCAACAGGCCGCCCACAGGUAAAGUCCUGGUUCUGGUUCUGGUGGUGGCAGUUGGACUCGUGGCUCUGGUGGUCAUCGCCUUCGGCGUUCUUCCUCAGAGCAGGAGAAUAAAAGAGUACUUCCUGCCACCCAUUCCCAAGCCACGAAUCAUUGGCAUCGACCCGCUGCUCCUGAAGAAGGGGCAUCUAGAAGAAAUCAACCAUCACUUCAGUAACUUCCACAGCUACAGACCUCCAAGUUACUCUGUUGAUGUCUGGGACCAGGUGAGCGCCGAUAGCAUCUACCUGACCUCACCGAAGGACUGCAGGGUCCCUGGCGAUGUCUCAGACAGGGAGCAGAAGUUGCCUAGCACUGCCCAGCAUCAGUUAUCGGUUCAAAACUCGUCGUCAUACGUUCAGAGCGUGUCGCCCUAUUGCAUGUCGCCUACUGAGGUCUUUGCUCCUCUACUGGGUCCUGCUUCCCUGUGGCAGAGGUCUGAUGUGCCAGGAACGGACUAUAGCAUAAUGGAGCAUCCUAGCAUCCCUGACAACAAUGCCCCCAGUCUUCACCCGACCAGCAACCCACCGCAGGAUUUCUACACCUGCGUCCAGCUCAUGAAGGAAAGCGGUGAGGUGCACCUGGUGCCGUGUUUCCCGACGACAUACUGUCGAGACCUCUCGCCUUUCCAAACUUCAGCCAUAGCUGAGCCAGAGGAUGAGGAGCAACAAAAGCUUGUUGAGGGCCAGGCCAGGAUGAGUGAUGGUGGUAAGAACAAAAGGACUGAAGCCUCCACCCCUCUGCUACCUGUCUCCAUCGAUGACAUUGGCUAA